AUGCAUCAUACCCUCAGCUUUGUUCUACUGGCACUUGGUGGCCUUGCGGCGGCUGCCGACAACAGCACACAACGUUGCAGCGAUCAGCCUCAAAUAUAUUUCUGUGCAGCCCAGCAUCGACGAGACAUCUUCUAUGUCAGUAAUCGUCUUCUUAACAUCAAAACUGGCAACCUCACGUUUGAUCAAUUUAAAGUUGCAUACGCAAUGGCCCAGCACUGGACAGAUCGGGGAUCUGUUCUUCGACGCAUUCUGCAAGGUCAUGAUACCAUUCACCAGCAACUUCACCCUGGGCGAACUGUCGAUGCGCGCUGCAAGGUGCGGCUUGCUUUCACUGAUCGGAUCUUCCUAAUCUCCCACUCCUCCAGAGCUUCCUACCCAAUUUUCCUGUCAAACGGUUGCCCUGAGAACUUCGCAGGCAACAUCAACUUGAAAUACUCCACCCUGCCUUUUUGGAACUACGGCUCGACUAUCGGUUCAGGCAUCGCGACUCGACCCCGGGGUUUAACGAACACACCUCCCGACUACGAGCCUGCUGUAGCCAAUACCUCUGAACUUCAGCAAGUCGUGGUUGGUAACGACACGCUUGCUCUUCGUAACUGCCGCCUGCAAGCCGAACCUGCACGGAAGCUGCCGAAGAUCCCGAGUGUACCGUACUUGUGCCUGACUGGAGAGGCCAGCGUACAUGCGACCCGUGAUCACUGCGUCAGGUAA